GAUUAAUCUAAAGACAUUUCCUUGUCUCAGCUGCAUGCUAUUAUAACUGAUGAUGGUGGAAAAAGGACAAAGUAUUAUUUUUGGUUUGUUUUUGCUUCUAUUCUUUGUUGUCGGCUGUCAGAUUUAUGUUCUCAUUGAUACCAAGAACGAUUUGGCGAGCACCAAAACUAAAUUAGACGCCUUGAAAAAUCAACGUUUGAUAGAUGUACAGCAAAAUUAUGAAAUUCAUAAGAGAAGCUCUAGACAAGCUGUAAAAAGUAAAUUUUAUGAAGUCAUGUCUAAAUGUCUUAAUACCUCUGAAAGUGAUGAAGAAGAAAUUGUAUCCGCUUCAAUGUUAAUGGAAAAUGCUGUCAAGCAAGUUGUUGUUGACAAAAUACAAAUUGGUUUCGAAUGCAACUUUUCAAAAGGACAAUUCACUGAAUGUGAAACUCUUAGUGGACGCACUGGACAAAAAGGAGAUCAAGGCAAUCGUGGGCAAAGAGGAAAAAAAGGAAACAAAGGUAAAGCUGGAGAUGAUGGAAACCCUGGACUCAGUGGUCCCCCAGGAAUGCCUGGAAUUCCAGGCUCCCAAGGAAUAUCUGGAUUGCCUGGAUCCCCUGGAACACCAGGAGGUAGUGGUAUGCAAGGAUUACCUGGAGAAGAUGGAGAUCCUGGAGUGGACGGACAGACUGGUUUGAAAGGCGAAUCUGGACCAAAAGGAGAGAAGGGCUGUUCUGGUGAAGCAGGAUUGAAUGGAACAAUGGGUGACCCUGGCCAAAGAGGAAAGAAAGGAAUUAAAGGAGACCUGGGCAUUCAUGGACCAAAAGGACAGAAAGGAGAAUACGGGGCGAGAGGACUCACUGGGUCUGUAGGACAAAAAGGAGAAUAUGGGUUGACUGGCUCUGCGGGACAGAAAGGACAGAAAGGAGUAAGGGGAAUUAUGGGAUCCCCUGGACAAAAAGGAACCGUGCCGACUCAGCGUCCGAGUCCCCGGUGACUGUACAGACACUGUGGACUCCGCGAUUCCCGGGCUCCCAACCGGAUUUGGUGUCCUAUAGAUUUAUAGUUUGUAUAAUUAUGUAGGAUAGCUAUUUGAUUUGCAGUACACAUGUAACAAUGGUUAAUUAAAUCAUCUUGUAUGAUCUGUUUGUACACAACCUCUGCUAUAAGAAACCAUGUGU